UUCACCAACAUGGUUAGUUUAUUUUGCUGAACAGUACAGCAGUCAGUUCACAGAGAGUUCAUUUCUUAUUUUGAAAGUCGGUCUAACACCGAAGCCUUCCACAUUUACCGCCAGCCGGAGCUCCGUCAUGUCGGGGACGCAGCUGCUCAGGCUGCGGAUGAAGGAGCGGCUGUCGGCGGCUGCAGAGGAAAUCUUCGGGCUGGUCGAGAAGACGAUAGCGGAGUAUCAGGAUGAAGCUGUCCGCUCCAAGAGAGAAGUCAUCGAGCUGAGGCAGCAGAUCGAGCAGCUGGCCUUUUUAAAACCUGCAGUAGUGUUAUUCAAAGCCGACACCGUGCUGAUCCCUGAGGAACCGCCUGCUUCUUUGCAGCAAUCUGUCAUUAAGAUGGAAGAGAUUCCCGUUCAGGAGCAAACACAGAUCCAAGAGCACCCACAGCCCUACCCACAGGUCAAGGAGGAGAGGGUGGAUCAGUGGAUCAGUCACAACAUGGAGGCAGGUACUUCUAACGAAUGCAGAGCCAAGAGAGAAAUCAACCUGUUGAAACGGCGGAUUGAGCAGCGGACUGUUUUAACAGAUGGAGUAACGCUCUUCGGACCAGAAACUCCUCAGCGUGGACACGGACCGUCUGGUGAUGGACCUCUUUCAGCCAGUCCCGCAACAGACGACAAGAAACUGCUGACUAUGAUGAGCGAACUGAUUCACCACUUGACUCAGUUUACUGCUGAGGUGAAACCGCAACUGACCGCAAUGAACACUAAAUUGCUCUCCAUUCAGGGGAGGAUUACUGCUGUAGAAGCCAAUGUGAACUGCAGCACCAGUGUGGAGGAGAUUAAGAGGAAAAAACGGGCGCACAAUUGUAAAAUUGAGGAAACAGUGCGACGUCUUCACAACUCUGAGGCAAAUUGGAAGCGCUACAAACCAGAGCAAGGACUGUACUCGGCUCACAACAAGGCAGUCACUUCUUAUUUGGUCAAAGCUGUAGCUGCAAGUUCGGAUUUGUACAAUAUGGAUAAUGACGCCAUUCUAUCUGCCUGUAGGGACUACUAUGAGACAUUAUGCAGAAACCUGCGGUACAGCCAGCCGCCAGAUCUUGCAGCUCAGGCGGCAGCCAUGAAGUAUUCAGCUGUGAGCCGACAGAGAAGGAAGAGGCUGCUGGAAGCGAGGCAGAGUGUACUAGCGCCAAAUGAAAUGGACUUCUGGAGUGGCAUCACAAUGGACAUGAUGUCCGAUGAGGAGGACGGCUGCUUUGGGGGCGUGUCUGGGUUCAUCGUGCGGCCGCCAUCCUUUCGCAGCCAGGAGCUCUCAGAUCUGUGUGCCACGCUUCAGAAAAGACUGGAGGCUAGUCCGAAGUACACGGCGACACAUCCCAAACGUCUGCGCAUCGGCCCGCCUUCGGACAGGAUGCCUUUGAACUCAUACGACAAAGAUGCAGCAAAAAGACAUUUCAAGGCUCAUCUGAUGCCCCAGGUCCUGCUGUAACAUAACUCGUGGUAUUGUUUUUGUUAUUUUUGUAUCUGCUAAUACUUCUAAAGAUUUACAUUUAAUCAACACAUAUUUUACAAAUGUUU